AAUGAACGGUCCACUCUCCUCGCGCGCCUCAUCCCAUCUCAUGCAUGGCUGCCAGUGAUGGUCUACUGGGUGUCAGCUUUUUAUUGGCACGGCACAAAGCGGGGUGCCAGGGGCUCUGCGCGGAGUCUGCAGACUCGGCCCUGUGGAUAAAAGCGAGCAAAAUGCCUCAGCACAGCUCAGAGGCGUGAAGUCAUGUUGGGCUGGAACGAGGAAGUGCAGUGGAGAGGAGGGGAGGGACUCCGGGCGCAGCUCCAUGGGGCCGCGGCGGCGCUGCGACCUUCUGCACAUGGAGCCGGGGAGAGUUGGAAGAACUUCAUACUGCAAACUCAAGGAAUAGCAGAGUACCUGCACCGCAUGGAGACAGAGGAGGCCCAGGAGAUGGCCCUGAUGCCAGGCAGGGACAGCCCCCCUCCCACCGAAGCGUCCGAGGAGGCAGAGGAGCCGAUGGCCGUCCCAGAGGACCUGUCAGCCGGCUCCACCCACCAGCAGAACAACAGAGGGGACAAAGUCUGUAACAUUAAAGUUGAGGCUCGCAGUGAUGAGGAGAAUGGGCUGGCCUGUGACAUGAAUGGCAUGGAGGAGGAGGAGGAGUGUGCGGAAGACUUGCGCGUGAUCGAUGCCUCCGGGGCCAAGUUGAACGGCUCACAGCCGCGCCCCAAAGCCAAGGCCUUCUCCUCGGCCGGCGGUAUCCGGCUGCCCAACGGGAAGCUCAAGUGCGAUAUCUGCGGGAUAGUUUGCAUUGGCCCCAAUGUGUUGAUGGUGCACAAGCGAAGCCACACUGGAGAACGCCCUUUCCAUUGCAGCCAGUGCGGUGCCUCUUUCACCCAGAAGGGUAACCUGCUGCGCCACAUCAAGCUCCAUUCGGGGGAGAAGCCCUUCAAGUGUCACCUGUGCAGCUACGCCUGUCGCAGGAGGGAUGCCCUCACCGGACAUUUACGCACCCACUCGGUUGGAAAACCCCACAAGUGUGCGUACUGUGGGCGGAGCUACAAGCAGCGCAGCUCUUUGGAGGAGCACAAGGAGCGCUGUCACAACUACCUCCAGUGCAUGGGCCUGCAGAACAGCAUCUACACAGUAGUAAAGGAAGAAAGCAACCAGAAUGAGCAGAGGGAAGACUUAAGCCAGAUGGGAUCUGACAGAGCCUUGGUGCUAGACAGACUAGCUAAUAAUGUAGCUAAGCGUAAGAGCACUAUGCCACAGAAGUUUGUGGGUGAUAAACGUCUGUCCGACCUCUCCUACGAUGGAGGAGCAGGCGAGCUCAUUCAGCCCCACGUCAUCGACCAUGCCAUCAACAGUGCCAUCAGCUACCUGGGAGCCGAGUCGCUGCGGCCUCUGGUCCAGACCUCUCCGGCCUCCUCUUCUGACGUUGGCCUCGGCUCCAUGUACCCCCUUCACAAGCCGUCGGCCGAGUCCCACGUGGGCCACAACCUGUCUGCCAAAGACAGUGCGGCCGAGAACCUGCUGCUGCUCUCCAACUCCAAGUCUGCCUCCAGUGAGAAGGACGGCUCGCCCAGUCACAGCGGCCAGGACUCCACCGACAGCGACAGCAACAACGAGGAUCGUCCAGGCAGGGCGACCUCCGGCCUCAUCUACCUGACCAAUCACAUCACUUCGGGGAUGAGGAAUGGCGUGCUCCCUCUGGUGAAGGAGGAGCAGCAGAGGCAGUACGAGGCCAUCCGCGCCAGCAUGGAGAUGGCCUCCGAGGGCUUCAAGGUGGUCACCUCGGACGGGGAGCAGGUGAGGGCGUACAGGUGCGAACACUGCCGCGUCCUCUUUCUGGAUCACGUCAUGUACACCAUUCACAUGGGCUGCCACGGCUUCAGAGACCCCUUCGAGUGCAACCUCUGCGGUCACCGGAGUGAAGACCGGUACGAGUUCUCCUCUCACAUAACGCGAGGGGAGCACCGCUACUGAGCCCUGACACACACACACACACACACACACACACACACACACACACACACACACACACACACAGUCCAAGUGUACAUAGUGAAAAAUGCCACAUAUACUCUUAGAUAUGCAUCUGAAACAAAUGCAUAAAAAAACUAAAUGUAAAAUACACUGUUAUUGUCUGAAAGGUUUUUCUUUUUUUUACACGAAGAUUGCAUGUAUGUUAAACACAGAUAAACGUGUACAAUUAUUAAAGAUAUUGCUUAAAUUUCAUUUAAAAAACCAUGCUCAAAAGAAAGACCUGGUAUUCAUUUGUCUUUUGUAACGACAGAAAAUGAAGACGACACAGCUGAGGUACUGUGCCGCUUCAUACACACAAUUUAAAUCAUUUAUUUACAGUUGCCACUUGUAUAAAAUGUACAAAUGUGACUUUUCUUUUGGAAAACCAGGCAGCAACUUUUUUUCCUAGUUUUAAAAUAGUAAAGAGCUGCAUUCCUUCAUUAACGCAGUCAUUUAGUGAUGUGUCUGAAAUGUCAGUAGAAGAUUCUCCAGCUGUUUUCAUGAGAGGAACUUAAACGUCAGAAUUAAAAUCCACUCAAUUAAAAACGAAACAAUCAGUGUGGAUAAAUUCACGUUUCCCUCUUAAGUAUCAACCUGUUCUGGUAUUUGUAGCAGCUUACACAUUAUUUAUAUCACAUUUAGACAAAUCCUGUCUGUUUUUGUAUUUAUUAUAAUGAUUGUCGUUUGUCUGUAGGGUAGUUUUAUUUUUUUAAGUUGCAUAUUUUUCUGUUCAACUGUACUAAAUGUAUUUGAGGUGAAAACAUGACUGCUGCUGGACGCUUCUCUUGGUUUUAUCAUGAGGAAAUGUUAUCGUGGCCCUUUUUUGUUUUGUACCUGAUAGCUAAGAAUUGUCUCACUCGCAUAAUGAGAGUGAACCAUCUGAAAAGAUCCUUAUGCUUGCAAAAUAUCAAUAAAGGAUAUUUUAUAUAUGCACAA